CGGGACAAGUAGAGGACAAGUUGUUUUCUAGGGUUCGUGAAAACAGGCCCAUAGUCGUCGAAGGUUGAUGCUAGUCAUCAAGAGCCAAGAGCUAAUCAUCAUUGUUCAUUUUGCCUGCUGUUGUGUGAACAUUGUACGUUCGACAUUCAGCACAGAUUAACAUGUCUGUCUUUCACUAUGCAACGUACAAGUAUGUCACAAUCAGAGAUUCAAGACUUGGAAUCGGUUAUUAUAUAACGGCAAUAAUUAUUAUUUCCUUAACAAUGGCGGAAAUAUUUAUUAAUAAAGGUUAUUUGGAGUUUGAUUCAUAUCCAAUUGGAUCUUUGAGAAUUAUGCUUUCUGAUCCCAAGAUAGAUGCCUUUAACUAUGAACCACUAUCCAAAUGUUGUAUCAAAGGAUCAUUAAUUGAUAACUGUACUAUGCAAUGUCGUUAUCUGGAUGCACAAGAGUUAUCAUGGCCUAUACAAUCUCGAACUUUAAGUGUAAUGACAUUUUGCAAGGAAAGAUGGCAAAGUAACCAACAAUCAUCAAUUCGCCCUGAAGAAUUUCUGACACUGAGAGAAGACAAGUUUUAUACAUUAAAACCAGAAGAAUAUGUUGUGAAAGUCGAGCACACAAUUAUUGCUACAAAAUUUCAUGGUAAUCAUGAUUUAAAGAUUGCUGGAUCACAGAGGAGUAUGAAGGGCUGGUUGUAUGAUGCUAAUGGAUCACGAAUUCGUGAGAUGAAUGAUGGAGCAGAUAAAUUAACAAUUAGUGAAUUAUUUUCUGCUGGAGGGGUGAACAGUCUUGAGCAGGUGUCUGAUGCAUUAAAUGCCAAUGGUAAAACAUACCGUCGUCAUGGUUUGGUCCUACAUGUUGCCAUUAAAUAUACCAAUACCUAUGACACUUGGUUUGGAACAGGGGCAAUUCAAUAUGGUUAUCACGUGUCACGCAUACCUUUUGCUGAUUAUCGUGUAAAUGAACUUACACCUAUUGUUCAAGGAAUGAAUAGCUCAGAAGCAAAGUCUAGAAUUCUUCGCAAACGUUAUGGCAUAAAAAUUGAGUUCAUCCAAGCUGGAAUGUUAGGGAAGUUUUCUUUUUCAUGUCUGGUUAUUAAGCUUGUAUCUGGCUUGGGUUUGUUAACUUUGACAGCGACAAUAGUGGACGUUUUAGCACUUUACGUGCUUCCCGAUCGAUUUCGUUACCGUAGCUAUGUUUAUGAAAGUUCACCUUCUCACGAGAAAUCAACUAAACAAGACUAGUUAAAUUUGGAGAAAUUGAGUUAGUUGAACAUAGAACAAUAAUUUUUGAUUCUGUAAAGAUUUUGUGUCGUCGAAAUAGUAUUUCGAUAAAUCAACCAUGCCUCAACUUAAUAUAGAUAAUGUACGUGCAACAUAAUACAUAAUACAAUUUAAAAAAAAUUAGAAAACGUGUAUAUUCUAGCUAUAAAUGUUUAACAAAAUACGAAUGACGAACAAACGAUAGUAACAUGUUCAGCAACAUGAUUGGUUUGUAUUCUAAUUGUUGUCUCGUCACUAUUUGACUACACACAAUCGAAAAAAUUAUCAUUGAAAUUAUAGAAAUUAUAUAAUUAAAUAAAUAUAGAAUUUUAGAAUAAAAUGUGUAGUAUUUAAGGAGUA